AUGGCAGCUCUAUACGAAGAGGACUCACCGCUAGGAACGACGUACAAAACUGUCGUGUAUUCUGCAAUGUGCGCUCUGACCAUCUAUAUGUUUUGGUACGCUUCGGCAGACUAUUGGAAAUUCGCGGUCAGUACGAUAACCGAAAUCAAGGAUCGCUCCGUGGAGGGGCUCCGCAUGCCAUCGAUCACCGUGUGCAACAUGGACGGAUUCAAGAGAUCGAUCUUCUGUGCUGACAUAUACCGCAACCUCACGAGAGAAUUGUGCGAUCUCGAGGACGAAGUGGAGUUUGCUGGAAGAUUCAUGAAUCUUUACGGAGAUCAGAUGUUACAGGAGAUCGCGGAUAACUCCGUUUUCAGCCGACAAGAUCAACUUGUAAGCUGCUUCUUCGCCGGCAAGCCUUGCGAAGAGCAUUGGUUCCGCGAAAAAAUCGUGUCGUUCCCGAGAUAUGGAGAGUGCUUCUGUCUGUUUUGUGAUGAGGAAGAUGCGGGGAAAUACGGGAGGGUGCGUGGGAGGGCUACAAUCGACGGCGGUUUGAGUCUGGUGCUGAGGUCUCAUAGGAGCGAAUCUAUGAAGUCAGUGAAAACUCCGGGCUACCUUGUCAUGAUCCAUUAUCCAGGAACGAUGCCCGAGGUGAAUUCGAACGCCGUCUAUCUGAAUGGAGGUACUACUACGACCAUCGGUCUGAGUGUUCACGUGUCCCGCAGACUGAGGGAGCCGUACGUAACGCGAUGCCAACAAGAGUACCAUGAGGAUAUUGUCGACACUUUCGGCGCGUAUGUCACCCAAAUUUGUUUCAAAGUCGAGUACGCUCUAGAUUUCUUCAAGCAAUGCGGUUUCACUCCCGAGGUCAAAGCUCGAAGCGAUUAUCUAGACACAGACGCUCUGUGUGAAAUGCAUCCCGAAGCGAAGGAAUGUUGUCGGAACCUCGACGAUCGAAACGUGCGGAACGGAAUUUGUCCGCUGGUUUGCACGGAAACGACAUAUUCGAAACAGGUCUCAACGAGCGCGUGGAGGUUGCCUAGUGCGAAAAACGCGUCUAUUUUCUUUAGUCGUCUGAAGCUCUAUUUCACUUCGCUAAGCUGUGAAUACACGACUGAAGUUCCGUCAAUGACUUUCGUGCAGCUCAUCAAUCUCGUUGGAGGUUAUAUGGGAAUGUUCGUGGGAUUCUCGUUUCUGAUUUUUUUUGAAAUUGUCGAAAUCAUCAUCAGAACUUGUCGUCUACAUCUUCACGGGUAG